UUCAGUGGAGGUGAUGGCGCCCCCCGCGGCCUAGAGGUCCAGAGCGUGCCGCGAGCUGCAGACAGUACGCCUCCCAUUGUAUCCGACGGAGACUCCUCGUUGCAGGGAACAUGUUGCUGCCGCUAGCCAAGCUGUCCUGUCCGGGCUAACCUGGGACAAAGAUCACGCUGUCUGCGCCUGGUGGUGGACCCUAGAUUUCUCCCCCUGGGACUGUCUCAAUUGGAAGGAUUGACAACUAGGCUAAAGGUCAUGGGCAGAGGAAACUUGUCAACACGGCCCCCGGGUGGAUUCCUGAACUGAAUCUUCCCAAAUCUUGGUCCUAACCCUCAUCCCAAAGCUCAGCAUAUCAGUGCUUUCAUGCCUUAAAAAUUAAGAAAGAUUAUCUACCUCUGUGUGCUACAAGAUGGUCUUCAACUUCUGUUGUACCUCGAAUUACUACCCAUUAUACUGUUUGUCCUCGGGAUAAGGACAAGCGAUGGGAAGGAGUCAACAUGGAGAGGUUCGCGGAAGAAGCAGAUGUAGUAAUAGUGGGUGCAGGCCCUGCAGGGCUCUCUGCAGCUAUUCGUCUAAAGCAGUUGGCUACUAAACAGGAAAAGGACAUCCGUGUGUGUCUAGUGGAGAAGGCUGCUCAGAUAGGAGCUCAUACUCUCUCAGGGGCUUGCCUUGAUCCAUGUGGUUUUGAAGAACUGUUCCCAGACUGGAAAGAGAAGGGAGCUCCACUUAACACUCCUGUAACAGAAGACAGAUUUGGAAUUUUAACAGAGAAAUACAGAAUUCCUGUGCCAAUUCUUCCAGGUCUUCCAAUGAAUAAUCAUGGCAAUUACAUUGUGCGCUUGGGACAUUUAGUAAGCUGGAUGGGAGAGCAAGCAGAAUCCCUUGGUGUUGAAGUUUACCCUGGUUACGCUGCUGCUGAGGUCCUUUUUCAUGAAGAUGGUAGUGUAAAAGGAGUUGCCACUAACGAUGUAGGGAUACAAAAGGAUGGAGCACCAAAGACAACAUUUGAGAGAGGGCUAGAACUACAUGCCAAAGUCACAAUUUUUGCAGAGGGUUGCCACGGACAUCUAGCCAAGCAACUGUAUAAGAAGUUUGAUUUGAGGGCCAAUUGUGAACCCCAAACCUAUGGAAUUGGACUGAAGGAGUUAUGGCUUAUUGAUGAAAAGAAGUGGAAACCCGGGAGAGUAGAUCACACUGUUGGUUGGCCCUUGGACAGACAUACUUAUGGAGGCUCUUUCCUCUAUCAUUUAAAUGAAGGUGAACCCUUGAUAGCUCUUGGUUUUGUGGUUGGUCUAGACUAUCAAAAUCCAUACCUGAGUCCAUUUAGAGAGUUCCAGAGGUGGAAACACCAUCCCAGCAUUCAGCCAACAUUGGAAGGUGGAAAAAGGAUUGCAUAUGGAGCCAGAGCUCUCAAUGAAGGUGGCCUUCAGUCUAUACCAAAACUCACCUUUCCUGGCGGUUUACUAAUUGGUUGUAGCCCUGGUUUCAUGAAUGUUCCCAAGAUCAAAGGUACCCACACAGCAAUGAAAAGUGGAAUUUUGGCAGCAGAAUCUAUUUUCAAUCAACUAACUAGUGAAAACCUCCAAUCAAAGACAACAGGACUCCAUGUAACUGAGUAUGAGGACAAUUUGAAGAAAUCCUGGGUGUGGAAAGAGCUGUACACUGUUAGAAAUAUAAGGCCAUCCUGCCAUGGGAUACUGGGUGUGUAUGGAGGGAUGAUUUACACUGGAAUUUUUUACUGGAUAUUUAGAGGAAUGGAGCCAUGGACUCUAAAACAUAAAGGGUCUGACUCUGAUCAGCUUAAACCAGCCAAGGAUUGCACACCUAUUGAGUAUCCAAAACCCGAUGGACAGAUCAGCUUUGACCUUUUGUCAUCUGUGGCUCUGAGUGGUACUAAUCAUGAACAUGACCAGCCAGCACAUUUAACCUUAAAGGAUGACAGUAUACCUGUAAACAGAAAUCUGUCAAUAUAUGAUGGGCCCGAGCAGCGAUUCUGCCCUGCAGGAGUUUAUGAAUUUGUACCUUUGGAACAAGGUGAUGGAUUUCGGUUACAGAUAAAUGCUCAGAACUGUGUGCAUUGUAAAACAUGUGAUAUUAAAGAUCCAAGCCAGAAUAUUAACUGGGUGGUACCCGAAGGUGGUGGAGGACCUGCUUACAAUGGAAUGUAAACUGCAACUGAUUUCAUCUGCAGGCACAUUUGAUAGCCAGUUUCUUUAAAAUGUAUGGUAAGCUCACUUUAAAAUUUAGAAGUUAACAAGUGUCAAAAUAUCUUACAGCACAUUAUUGAUCAGAAUGUUAAUAAAAUAAUCAGUGAAAUAAAAAUUUUAUACUAUACC